AUGUUGGAGGAUUACCUUCUAAACAAUAAGAUAAUCAGAUCUUAUUCGAAGCUGUUCAAUGAGAAGGACCUUAAUAGAGUGUUGAGGUGUACUCUCAUCCUUGGUAUUCAGACACUCAAACAAGAAGUUCCGAACUAUACCAGCCUCACACCUCAAGAAAUAGAGGGGCUGAUCAUUGACAGUAUCAGAGAAGAUUAUUCCGCGCAUGCUAACUUUGAAAGCAGAAUCAGAAAAGUAGAAGUCAUCGAUAAUGACCCUUCUCCAGAGGAUACUUUGGCUAGAAAAGAGGAAUCUCCAGGAGCUGCCCACACUAAGAAAAUCCUCAAGACUACCAAGGAAGUUGCUAGUCACAGCAGGAUUCCAAAGAUCCGCCAAAGGACUAAAAUUGAGCAAGUAGAGAAGAAAUCUCCCCAAAAGAGCAAGAGUCAAUCCCAGAAGAGAAUAACUUUUGAAGAGCCAUCUGCCAUUGGACCACAGACUGAAGGAAGAAGAGGAGCCAGGAUUUCUGCAUAUUCAAGAGAUUUCCCCAUCAGAAACUUAGAUAGACCUGCUGGAAUUCCUAGUGUAAGGAACAGGUUCGACCAGGAUUGGAUGAGACUUCACAACACUAGUAGACCUAGCAGUGUUCCAACCAGAAUCAACAGGUUCAGCUCUAAAGCUCCUACCAAUUGGAAUCUUGAUAACUCAACCUUCGAGAAGGACAGGCCAAGAAUUAAGAGAAGUGGCAGUAGAAAGUCCACUAAGUCCAACACAGCUGCUAACUACCCAGACUGGUGGGGAGAUGGAUCUGCUUACAACUCAAAAUCCUCUGCAAGCAGCAGGAGUAGAAGCAGAAAUAAAUACAAAGAAAAUGACAUUGAUGAUUUUGAUAGAAAAGUAACCUACCAGGCUAAGAAAAAGCCUAUUCUCAAGCAGACCCAGUCUCAUACGACUAGAAACAACUACAUAGCUGCACACUCAAUUCAGAAUCACUACCAGGACCCUAUCUCUCCAGAACCUGAGGACCAAUAUGACGAAACUGAGGAAGUUGAAGAAUUCGAGGACACUUACGAAGAAGAGCCACCUAGGAGAAGAGCACAACACAUCCAAAAGAAAAGAAGCGAUAAGCCCCAAGUUGGAGAGACUAUCAAGAAAGGUACCAUUUACUCUAAGCUAAACAAAGAGUCUGAGUCUAUUGGCAGAGAUGAAGAGCCUACCAACUGUAGAAGGACUAAGGGCGGCUACUUCCUCUCCUUCUCUCCUACAGGGAACAAAAAGAAGAAGACUCAUAAAGAAAAUGUCAAUACUGCAAACUACCAAUAUGAAGAUACUCGUGCCAAAAAGAAGUCGUACGUCAGGAGAUGUGAAAACUUCGAAAAGCCUCAACCAAAGCCACGUAAGGGGAAGACCUUGAAGGAGCUUCACAAAAAUGAUAGGCAGAGAGCCAUACACAAUAGAGAAACCUUUAAGAAUACUAGAGAGAUUAAUAACCCAGCCAACAAAGAAAAAGAUAUGAAGAAAACUAUCCCUAAGAAAUUCCAAAACGUAGAAAGCGUCAUCAAAAAGAGAAUUCAGAUAGAUAAGGAAAUCUACUCCAAGAAAAAGAUGGACAACCAAAACCCUAAGAAAGAGCCUGAAGUCUAUGCUCCAAGAGAAAAAGGAGAAAGAAAGAGGAGGCAUAAGAGAAAAGUUACGGAAUCCGCUUCCAAGUCAAGGUCAAAAUCUCGUUCUGAUUCUCAGAACCGUGCAGAGAACUUUGAAAGUAGAACCAAUCAUUACCAAAGCUACCAGAACGAUUCUCAAGAGGGUGAGAAUCCUUCUCAAUAUCAAGAUGGGUCUUCUCAAUAUCAAGAUGGGUCUUCUCAUCAUCCAUAUUACAACCAAAGACAUACGAGUGAGAGGAACCAGAAACAAGUAGUGACAGAGGGUUCAAGCUACCCUAGUGUGACUCAAGCUGCUGCACCACAAGAGAUCUAUGACAGAGGUCAGAAUUAUCAGAACCCUUCUUCCUACAGAGCUCAUGAAGAAGUAAAGCAUGAGCAGCAAUACCAAGAAUAUAGCUACAGACCUUCGUCUAUAAGCCAGAACCCUGAUAGAGAGAAUAAUGUUGUUGAAAUAACAGAAGGAUUCCUAAACUCUCCAAUGAUGACCCAGUUCUCUGAACACUCUGAUAUGCAAAGAAGGCCUAAUCCUUAUUCUAGAGAUCAAGAAGAGAGCAAGAGACAUGAUGAUAGUCGGAAACAAGAAGAUAGCAGAAGACAUGAGCACCAAGAUUACUCUGGAGUGAAGGACUCUGCUAGCUAUGGCCAAUAUACUCAGAGCAGGUCAAAUGAUUCUAUGCACAUUCAUCAUCAAUGAUAUGACAAUCCAUAUACUUACAACCAGCAAAGUAAUAAUAAGAACCAGACUUCUGGAGUUGGAUCAAAUAGCAACCCCAACCAGUCCAGAUACCACGAAGAUCAAGUUCUCUUCAAGAGCAAUGGAUUUGAUGGAAAUGCAACCUCAAGUGGGAAAGUUGAUGAAAGCGCUAUGCUCCAAUCCCCAGUUAUAAACCAAAAGAACCGCGAGGAAAACUCUGACUCUAAAUUAACAGGAACCGCCAAUUUUGAAAAGCCAAAAGACUAUGAUGUAAAGUACUCUGACUUCAGACAUACUGAUGCUAGGGAAGGAAGCUUUCCUCGACCUCCUUAUGACCAGAAUAGUGCUGAAAGAGAGCAAAGUCACUAUAAUCCUUUCACUCAGAACCAAGACUAUGUCAACAAAGGGCCUGUUUAUAACUCUGGAUAUGGACCAUUUGAUUACCAGAAAGAGCACCAAAUGUCCAGCCAUAAUCCUGGAUCAUACAAAUAUUUGCCAGCAUGGGAAGGAGCUGAUCCAAAGCUCAACUCUCAACACAUGAGCAUGAAUACUGGCUACAAUCAGGGCCCACCAAAGUUCUUGGAGCCACAAGAAGAAUCUAAAUACCAAAGUGCAGUCAGCAGCUAUUAUGAAGAAGAGGAAGAAGAGUCAGAUUAUACUGAAGGUGAAGAAUCAGAGUCAGAAUAUGACUCUGAAUUCAGCAAAACUGACGAUUACAGAUCUAACUCUUCAGCUGAUAAGUAUAGAGGCCCUCAUUCUCAGUACCAGCCUGGCCAAUAUCCUCCAAGGGAUAGCGGUGCUUAUCCUCAAGACUAUAGAAGUUCUGAGGGAGGAAAUUUUUAUCAGGGUUCUUACCAAAACUCCAAUAUGUACAAUUCAAUCCCUAAUAGCAGUGAGAUGAAUCCUCAAUACAUGAGCUCCAUCGGCUCUGAAGCUCAAGGAAUUCCUCCUCAGUUCCAAGGGAAUCCAGAGAGAGGCCAUCCUGGCCAACACAGGCGUUACUAG